CUCCCAUUCUAAUAUUUGAAAGAUGCCUGAUCCUAAACCAUUCUCCAAACUGCACUAUGUUUCUCCUUUGUGUGGUAUUCACCUUUUGAUUAUUAAAUAACAAAGGUUAAAGCAUUUUUUCUUGAGCAGUGCUUAGAUUUAUGUAUCAAACUAACCUCUUACUGGUUGUGUAUGUGUACAAAAGCAAAAACGUACUUUAUUACUUUCAUCUAGCCUCCCUUUAGAAGUUACCAAAUGUAAAACAUUUAACUUUCUGUUAGCUAAAACUAAAAUUAGUGCAUUUAAUUUCAUUUGCUAACCAAGUUGAAUAUAAUUUUUUGACUACUAAGCACACAAAUAAUGCUUGUGUCAGACUUAAGGAUGUACUUCCACUUAUGCUUGUACUUUUUAACCAAAUGUGCAUGUGAAUCAGUAUGAAAGAAUUAAUAAGAAUUAAUAAGAUUUAACAAUAAAAUUAAUUACUUUUUAAAACUGAGCUAAAUAUAAUACAGUGUAAUGAUAAGACUUAUUAGAUUUUACUAAAAACUUAGUUACCAAAAGCAAAGAUUGAUAUUUUUGGCAGAUAAUUUUAAUCAAAGCAAUUGAAAAGAGAUGACAAGUAAAAUCUAGCAAUAAAGUUGAUCUGGGUUGUGUCUCUGUGGCCCCCUUUUUGAACAUAAAUAUUGAUCUAGCACUACCCUAUUUAUGCUAAAUUGCAUCAUUUUAUGUUAAGAAAUGUUCUUUCUAGCAUAGAACAUGGCAUCUUGUGUACAAAAGGAUCUCAUGAUUGUCAGUUCUCCCACCAUCCUUGGCUCAAACUAACUCAUCUCGCAAUUUCUUCUUCUUUCUCUGACACUGCCUCAUCUUGCAUAACUAACAGUGCUGUCCCUUUAUUUUUUAAUCCAAUCACUGUCACCACAUUCUUUCUCCUGCUUGCUUUACUGCAUGUGGCAUUAGAAGAGGUAUUAGAUGUAGAGGUAGCCCCAGAGGCUGAGGCUGAGCCUGAGCCAGAGGCAGAGCCUGAGGAGGAACCUGAGCCAGAACCAGAGGUGCAUGAGGAAGAGGCCUAUGAAGAGGAAGAAGAAAAGCCAAAGUUCAGACCCAGUGCACCAAAAAUCCCAGAAGGAGAGAAAGUAGACUUUGAUGACAUCCAGAAAAAGAGACAGAAUAAGGAUCUCAUCGAGCUGCAGGGACUCAUUGAUGCCCAUUUUGAAUGCAGGAAGAAGGAGGAGGAGGAACUUAUUGCUCUGAAGGAGAGAAUUGAGAAACGUAGGGCUGAGAGAGCAGAUCAGCAGAGGAUCCGUGCUGAAAAGGACAAAGAGCGUCAGGCAAGGCGUGAGGAGGAAAGACUGAGGAAAGAGGAGGCAGAUGCAAAGAAGAAGGCAGAGGAGGAUGCUAAGAAGAAAUCUGUUCUGACAAGCAUGGGCUCCAACUAUAGCAGCUAUCUGCAGAAGGCUGACCAAAAGAAGGGAAAGAAACAGACGGAGAGAGAGAAAAAAAGAAAGGUCUUGGCUGACAGACGCAAGGCUUUAAACAUUGAUCACCUGAAUGAAGACAAGCUAAGGGAUAAGGCCAAGGAGCUGUGGGACUGGAUGUACAAACUUGAGUCUGAAAAAUUUGACCACAUUGAGAAGCUAAAAAGGCAGAAGUAUGAGGUCAUCUCACUUCGCAACCGUAUUGAUGAGCUGCAGAAGCACUCCAAGAAGGGUGCUGCUGCUCGUCGCAGAAAGUAAACUGUUGAUGGAGAACAUUGUCCCAUUUGAAGCAAUGGCCUGAAUACUCAGCUUCCUCUAACUGUUUUUGUUGUCUUAAGACAGUUACAUUUUGAUAGCUCCUCAAAUAUGAAACACCAUGAGAUUUUAUUCUAGCUCCUUUGGUCUAUAGCCACUGUAAGGUUUUUGUUCUGUGGGUGUACAAAUAAAAUUUUAGAUCUCUCAAUUUUC